GCCCGCCCCCCCAUUUCCUGCGGGUCACGUGGCGGGGGCCUGGCGUUGCCUUGGCAGCGGCGGCGGCGGCGGCGGCGGCGGGAGCUCCCGGGGAGCCCGGCCCGGCCCCCGGCCAGCCAGCGCGCCCUCGGAGCCCUCCAUCCAGUCCCUCCAUGUCCGUAGCCAGGAAGCAUUUCUCUCAUCAUGAGUUCUGAAUUAAACGUUCCGGUGGAUCCUUCCACUCCUGCUUGCUGCUCUGAACCUGGCACAAAAGGCAUGGAUUAUCGGGACUGGGUCCGGCGGAGCUAUCUGGAAUUGGUCACAUCAAACCACCACUCCGUUCAAGCCCUUUCAUGGAGAAAAUUGUACCUGAGCCGAGCCAAACUGAAAGCUUCCAGCCGAACCUCUGCUCUGCUCUCUGGAUUUGCAAUGGUUGCCAUGGUGGAGGUGCAGCUGGAGGUGCAGUACAAGUACCCCCAGAUGCUGCUGAUAGCUUUCAGUGCCUGCACAACAGUGCUCGUGGCAGUUCAUCUUUUCGCCCUUCUCAUCAGCACCUGCAUUCUGCCUAACGUGGAAGCAGUGAGCAACAUCCACAACCUGAACUCCAUCAGUGAGUCCCCGCAUGAGCGCAUGCAUCCCUACAUCGAGCUGGCGUGGGGCUUCUCCACUGUCCUGGGGAUCCUCCUUUUCCUUGCGGAAGUCGUGCUUCUGUGCUGGAUAAAAUUUCUGCCUGUGGGCUCUAUCCUGAAGAACGAGACCACCAACGCCGAGAAGCCCAGCGGCCAUGCGGGUUGGCAGUCAGCACUGGUCUCCACCAUCAUCAUGGUUCCAGUGGGGCUGAUUUUUGUCGUCUUCACCAUUCACUUCUACCGCUCUUUGGUGCGGCACAAAACGGAGCGCCACAACCGAGAGAUCGAAGAGCUUCACAAACUGAAAGUGCAGUUAGACGGGCAUGACAGAGGCAUGCAGAAUAACUUGGUGAGGCUUUGGUGGGAUUGGAUUCAAGAUAAUUCUCAAGACAGCGCAUCUGUGACUGGAGCGGGAUCGCCUUACUCCAGAAGGGAGUCUGAGCACAACUUCAUUUUCAAGAGCACAGAAGUUUGCUCAGAGCAGACAGAUGGCCUCAGCUCAGCUUCUGCUACAAAUGACUACUUGAAUCUUAGGUACAAGGCAUGAUUCAAACCUGACUGCUGGAGGUGCCAAGAAAAAAAAUGAUAGCUGCCAGUGUUGCAGUCUGCUGCCCAGCUUAUUCCCAAAAUGAGACUCUUGCUACUGAGAGCUGACAGCGGGGUUCAGAGAUGACAAAUGAUCAGAAGAUAAUACAGUCUGUGCAAGUCUUUGGUCUGAACUCUGUCCAGGCUGCCUCUGCAGAAGAGUCGGCAUCGACGCUCUGCAAAUACUGCUCUUUGGUCCCAGAAGAUAUAGGUCACACGCGGUAUUUAUGAUUAAUCCUCACUGUUAGAGCAUGAAUCUUCGGCAAAGGAUAAUUACUUUAAUUAGUUCUCAGUGUGUUGUACUGUCUGUGGAGAGAUGCUUGCUUACCCUCCUUCCCUGGAGAGCUGAUCCCUAAAGGACCUACCUGAAGCGAGUGAGAAGACAGUUGUGUCCCUACGGCACAGUGCAACGCUAACAGCAGUAUGACAGAAUCAAGUACGGGCCAGGAAAGGUCAAAACCUGCUGCAGGGCUUGGGCUGAAUUUGUGCCAAGGGCAGUUUGAUAUUCAGCUCAGUUUAAUGAUUCUAAAUUUCUUUCUUGGUUUCAUUCAAGCAUUUAAAAACUGGCUAUUUGCUUUUUGCAUUUGUUACAAUGACUACAACAGCUCGUUUCUAAUUUUUGCCUAAGAGCUCCCAUUGCCCAGGAGAGUCUUCAAAGAAACAAACAGCCCACCCCUUCCUUGCACUCUUAUUUCUGUUUGUUAAAUUUCCAUUUGAUUGAGCUUAUCUCUGUACACACCUGGUUCCUUACGCACACUUCAGAAAUAAAGAGUUGUACAAAUUC